CCCGGCGGCCCGUCCUUUCGCUCCCGGCGGCGCAGGGCUCAGCAGCCAGCGGCGCGCAGCCUCCGCUCCCGUCCGGCCCGCGCUCCCCCAGCAUGACGGAACAGGCCAUCUCCUUCGCCAAGGACUUCCUGGCGGGCGGCAUCGCCGCCGCCAUCUCCAAGACGGCCGUGGCGCCCAUCGAGCGCGUCAAGCUGCUGCUGCAGGUGCAACAUGCCAGCAAGCAGAUCGCGGCGGACAAGCAGUACAAGGGCAUCAUGGACUGCAUCGUGCGCAUCCCCAAGGAGCAGGGCAUGAUGUCCUUCUGGCGCGGCAACCUGGCCAACGUCAUCCGCUACUUCCCCACGCAAGCGCUCAACUUCGCCUUCAAGGACAAGUACAAGCAGGUGUUCCUGGGGGGCGUGGACAAGCACACGCAGUUCUGGCGCUACUUCGCGGGCAACCUGGCCUCGGGCGGGGCGGCCGGCGCCACCUCCCUCUGCUUCGUCUACCCGCUGGAUUUCGCCCGCACGCGCCUGGCGGCCGACGUGGGCAAGUCGGGCACCGAGCGCGAGUUCAAGGGCCUGGGCGACUGCCUGGUCAAGAUCAGCAAGUCCGACGGCAUCCGGGGCCUCUACCAGGGCUUCGCCGUCUCCGUGCAGGGCAUCAUCAUCUACCGCGCCGCCUACUUCGGGGUCUACGACACCGCCAAAGGCAUGCUCCCCGACCCCAAGAACACGCACAUCGUGGUCAGCUGGAUGAUCGCCCAGAGUGUGACGGCCGUGGCAGGCGUGGUUUCCUACCCCUUCGACACCGUGAGACGGAGGAUGAUGAUGCAGUCCGGCCGCAAAGGAGCUGACAUCAUGUACACCGGCACGCUGGACUGCUGGACGAAGAUCAUGCGGGACGAGGGCGGCAAGGCCUUCUUCAAGGGCGCCUGGUCCAACGUGCUCCGCGGCAUGGGCGGGGCCUUCGUGCUGGUCCUCUACGACGAGCUCAAGAAAGUCCUGUAAGGCCGGGGGGCCGCCCCCUGCCCCCUUUUCUCUCUGUCUCCCCCCCUCCCGGCCAGUCCUGCCUCUCGGACCCGCGGAGGAGGCCCCGCCCCCGCCCCUCCAGGAACGGGGACCCUCCCUCCCCCUCUCCGCGAGUCUCCCGGGGGCGGGGAGAGGGGCCGGCCGCCUCCCCGGUGUCCACGGGCAGCCGCAGCUGUGUCCAGUAGACCUAGAGUCCAGGCCGGCCACGCCCCCCCCACUCCGCCCCGUCUAUUUAAAGAAUCGAGUCCCCCCCCCUUGUUUGUACCCGAGCACUGUCCUGCACAGCCAGUUUGCUACUCCACCGCCUCGGGCGCGUCUGCCGCAGAAUAAAAGAGGACACAGCCCCUUG